GUAGCGCGCAGGCGCCGCACGCUGUCAAUUCAGCGCGCGGAACAGGACUUGGAAGUGGAAGUUGGGGGAUUUGUGUGCUCUCCGUUCCAUCUUUACAGGCUUCAUUACUGCCCAAACUUUGCCUUUAUUGUCCGGUUUAUCAGACAACAUGUGGAAUCAAGGAGGCUACAAUGAAAGCAUGGUCGGAGGAUACAACCAGUCCCCAGGAGGCUUUGCGUCACCUGCUUUAUCCCAGGGAGGAGAAAAGAAAGGGAGGACACGUGCCACACAGAUAAUCCCAUGCACAGUGUCUCAGUUGAUGUCUGCUGUCCAAGCUGAUGAGGCCUUCAGGGUGGGAGAGGUGGAGGUGGCCCAGGUUACCAUUUUGGGUGUUAUCAGAAGCACAGACAAAUCCAUGACAAACAUCCAGUACAAGGUGGAUGACAUGACAGGUGCUCCGAUGGACGUAAAGCAGUGGGUGGACACAGAGGAUCCCAGUGUUGACAGCACUGUGUUGCCCCCAGGCACUUACGUCAAAGUUUCUGGAAACCUGCGCUCCUUUCAGAAUCAUAGGUCUUUGGUGGCGUUCAGUGUGAGGCCGCUUGAGGACCUGAACGAAAUCACUUCGCACAUGCUGGAGGUGGUGCAAGCGCACAUGAUACUCAGCAAACCACAGACCGCGAUGAGUGGUGGGACAGGAGCAGGAACCAACUCCAGCACGCUCGUGUCACGACCUGGCAUGGGGAACAUGGCAUCAAUGGGUGGGGCCUAUAUGGGUGGCAAUGACAUGGGUGCCAAUGGUUUAAACCCAAAUCAGAAUCAGGUGCUGAGGUUGAUAAGAGGCUGCCCAGAUGCCCAGGGCAUCAGCAUUCAAGACUUAAAGCAGAGACUCAGUGGCAUGAGUCUGGCUGUCAUCAAGGAAGCAGUGGAGUUUCUGAGCAACGAAGGUCACAUUUUCUCCACCAUCGAUGAAGAUCACUACAAAUCGACAGACAAUGACGACUAGACGUCUGCAACUCCUGCAUGUCACACACCAAUGAGUUAAUCUCUCAAGCUCAAUCUGACAUACGUCAUUAAGUACAAACUGUCACUCAAAGAUUGAACCUAAAUCUCAAACUGUCAGACUUGUUCGACGCCAUAGGACCAAGUGAAAUGACGAGUGUUUUACUGUAAAGGUACUGUGGUGGUUGAUGUUUGUUGAACAACAUAUGGUUUAAGUUUUGUGGCCUAAGUGUUCACACAUCCUGUUUUAUUUUGGUUGCUUCUGCUAUUUUGCAACACAGGCCGGAUGGUUUUACUCUUAAAGGCUAUGUCAGCAGUUAAUACUACAAUUACAGAUUUCCCUCCUCUAUUAAAAAAGUAUAUUGUAAUUUUAAUGAUUUGGAUUACAGUUACACAGUAUAUUUUUGUUAUUUUGUUCAUGUAACAUUUUGUAACAAUUAAAAUACCUUACAAACCAUACAUAGAUCUGUCUUGUUUAUCAUACAGAAUGAAAUCAUAGCUCAACAGAUAAACAAAAUAAACAUCCUCAAGUGA